GAUUGGACACACCAGUCCAUGCUGGGAUUGUACAUGUAUGUAGGAUGAAUGUUACCAGCCUAGUACUAGCAAGUGGAGAUUGGCUGUGUUGUGUGCAUUGGACAAGUGAUAUACUGAAGUAUCAAGCAUGGAAGUGAGCUCUCAUCAAGAAGAACCUGUCUUCACUGGAAAGAAUAUCAGCUUUCUUGAACUGACAGCAGAGAGAGCAAAUGAGAUACAAAGGCUGACUGAUGCCAUUGAGAACCCGAACCGCACCAAGAUGGCGUACCAGCGUCUGCCGCGGCACAUGCAGCGGCGCGCCAUGAGCCACGACCCCAGACGGCUUCCAGUGCGACUGCGUCAGGUCUUCGAGCAGCAGGUGAGCGCGAGCAGCCGCCCCAUGUCUCAACCGAAGCGGCCGAGUCGGCGCCACCGUCGUCGGCCGAGCCAGCUGCUGCAGGAGUACAAUCGGCGGCAGCGCGAGCACGUCUGGCUGGAGACGCACAUCUGGCACGCGCGCCGCUUUCACAUGGUGCGCCGCUGGGGCUACCGGCUGCCGGAGAGGGCCACCGACAAAGGCUUCCGUGCGGCGUACCGCGCCACGGCCCACCACUGUCUGGUGCAGGACGUCUCGUACCUGUGCCAGCUGGAACUGGGCGGGUCGCAGGAGCGGCUGCUGGCCCCGCGCGAGGAGCCGGUGCCAGACGGCCCGCUGGAGGCCGAGCGCGACCCCACGGCGACCGAGGCCGACUCCGGUGAUGUGAUGGACAGCGGCGGCGACGCCCCUGCGCCGGCCGGUCAAGCUGCAGCCCCCGCGGACCCCGCGGAGGCGAUGGGCAGCAGCGACGCCGCCGCGGCCCCCGCCGGCACACCGCACAAGAACGUGGACCGGCUGAAGCUGGCGCCUCGCCGUCUGGAUGUGAUUCGACGCCACGUCGGUGCCGACGGGAGCGUGGCGCUGACGGAGCUGCGUGACCGCCUGGUGCGCCUGCGCCUGAGCGGACCCGGCGCGCAGGCGGUGCUGCAGGCGUGUCUGCGCGUGGCGGACGCCGCGGACGCCUCGUCUGCCGGGGUCUCGGCGGCAUGCCUGGAGCGACAGCGCGCCCUCUGGCGGGCGGUGGGACAGGCACAGUCGCCGGCCGAGCUGCCGGCCGGCUGCGUGCUGGGGAUGGUCGUGGACGACCCGCGCCGGCUCACCCCCGGGCGCCGUCAGAUGGCCGCUCUCAGACCCGAAGAGCCGACGGACGAGCCUCUGGCCGAGCUGCCGGUCGGCGCCGAGCACACCGCUCUGUGGGACGCGGCCGCGCGGCGCCGCGCCACGCGCAGCAAGGUGUCCGACUGCGAGCUGAAUCGAGCGCGCGGCCGGCUGCUGGUGCCGUCGGCCACGCCUCAGGCGCUCCGGCUGCCGGCCGUGCCCGUGCUGCUGAUGCAGAACUCAAGUCCGCCCGGCUGGGAUCUGGUGCUGCCGGCCGGCUGGGGCAUGACCUUCUGGGUGGCGUUGCAGUACCAGGGCGCUAGGGCCGGCGCCCUCCGCGAGACCGACCGCAUGGCGCUGGAGAUGGGCCGACUGCGGUUCCCGGCCGAGUUCCCAGACUCUGAGGCCGGCCGGCUGUGGGACGCCGAGGAGAGGACCCAGCGGCGGCUGGAGUACUUCAAGCGCCCUCCGGCCAAGCGACCCUGCUACACCAAGCUGGCCGUGCCCGACCCGUUUGAGUGUCCGUGGCCGCGGCUGCUGCGUCGGCUCUGUCCAUCCGAGGGUGCCAUCGAGGCUGGCUCCGUGCGCGUCUGCCGGGACCGCGCCACGCUGGCGCUGCUGACGGAGGCCAUGGAGCGGCUCUUUCUGCCCGGAGCCGAGGUGCAGCCGCAGCGGGAGGUGAUCGGCCACGUGACGUCGGGCGACUUCUGCCUGUCGGAGGCGGGCGGCCGUGGCACCGGGUUCGUGGUGCUCGAGGGCCUGCUGCGGCUGCUGGAGUCGGGCGGCAGGCAGCUGCUCUUCCGCAACACGGAUGCCACCGCUUACCGCUGGUGCGAGGUGACGCUGGUGACGGAGCACUGCUGAUGACGUCAAAUCGGGGUCUCUGCGGGUGUCAGCUGGUGCUGGUGAUGAAUUGCUGUUGAUGACGUCACGCCGGGGUCUGCCGCUGGUGCGAAGUGACGGAACACUGCGGAUGACGUCAUACUGGGGUUGGUCGUUGGUGCCGGCCGGCGACGGAAUCCUGCUAAUGGCAUCACGUGUGAAAUCCUACUGACGUUAUAUGCCAGGCUGCCGCCGAUGCCGCUGGACAAGGCUCAGCUGUUGAUGCCCCACGGGAGGCGAUGACGUCACACCUGAGACUACAGCGGAUAACGGACGCCGUCGGUGACGGGACGCGUUGUUUUGCUGCUGAUUCUGUGAUCCACUCGCGGUCGUCUACCGUGUCUAGAGCAGGUGGUGUGGAACGAGGCGUGUGUACUGCUCCUGUUCGGUGUUUUGUUUCCGCCGGGCUGGUUUGGUGUUGUGGGAUGCGCUGUGGAGCGGUCCGUGAAGCGAAUCAUACGCCGUGCAGUGUUGACCGCCUUUUGUCAUGCUUUUGUCAUGCAGCGGCGCGGUGGUCCAAUUUGUAAUCGACCGGAAGAUCCGAUGUGUACACCGUCAUGCCAGCUUCUGCUUCAGAUACCAAGGCAAAUCAGAGACGUCAGCCAAUAAAUACGUUGUAAGCAUCUGCGAAAAACGUGCGGCUGCUAU